ACCACACCUGUAGCGUAGACGGGCGAUCGAAACGGUACGAUAGGAUGAUUCCGCCGCUGGCGGUCGCAGCCGACGGCAAAGGCUGUCAAAUCGAAGAGUAAAAUGCCAGUGAACAUGUUCCGUGGGAAAGCGCGGCUGUGCCUGCGAAGUUCGAAACGCCGGAGCCUCGGGAGGGCGAGAACGAUAACAUCCGCUUCGCUGAUCCUGAUUGGAAGUGUUGGAGUAGCGGAAGACAAGAGAUAGUGGUUCAAAUCUCGACACUGCUGUCGUACGACUUAUCGCGAGCUGGAUGAGAAUUAAUAUCGUAAUCUCGUGAAAGGUUACCUCCCCCUUCGCAGCAGCGGGUAGUCUGCAGCUAGCGCAAAAGAGGCGGCAGUUGUGAAAUGCGGACUUCGUGACUGUACAGUAUCAGAUAUGCAGGGGGAGGGGGGAUUAAGUAUUUUACAGAUAACGUCCUGUUUAAGGUCAGCUUGCCUCUUUUGAGUGUUCAGUCUGCUGGACUGAAUUUGUGGACAGUAAAUGUGGAGGGUUACAGGUCUGAUUUUUGUAGCGUGAAAGGGAUUGCUGCCAAAUAAUAGUUCCCAAGGAUACCGGUGAUGAUAGUGAUGCCAGACCCUCUGAUAGUGACUGUGGGUGUGUAAUAGUGACAGAAUGCCAAGGCAGUAUGAGUGGUGUCGUGGUAUUAACGGACCUAGAGUGCAAUGUGGAAAAAGUGACUGAUCUCAGGGAGAAGAAACAGCUGGCAGGAAUUAGCAAUAAUGCCAAUGCACUUUUGGAAACAAUCAAGCAUACCAUUGUACUACUUCAAAUUGCCAAGAACACAGCCCAGCCAGUAAAUGGGGUCUAUCCGCAGCGGCGACGUGAUGACAAAGUGCACCUGCCUCUGAGAAGAAAUUCUGAGGAAAAAUUUGUGAGUGCACCAUCGGAGCCAGCACAACAAAGAGCAGUGGUCCAGAGCAGUGUCGGGGAAGUAGACGGGGAAGACCAGGAAAAGGAGGAGUCCACCGGCAGGUCGGUGGAAAAGGUAAUGUGCGUAGCGCCUCCACUGGUGACAGAAUCUCCGAAGCAGCAGAAUUUAGAGGGCACAUUUCACGAAGAGACGCCUGUAGUAAUUCCCUCGGAAAAACGGUCCAGUGUUCAAGUGGUUCCUCCAUUAUCGUAUUCAAGCAGUGACGAGGAAGAGGACUUCUUUGACGCACAGGAGGAACGGGAACACACACAAACCUCACGAAAAUCCAUAACUAUCCCCCCGCCUGUGAGCAACAUGUCUGUCCAACCAUCCGUCAAGCCGGCCUCUACCAGCGCUGCUCCCGCAAGCGCUUAUGAUGCUGCCUACGAGGAUGACAGUGAGGAAGAACUAGGUUCCUUGGAGAACCAGAAGAGUGUCUUCUCCCAUGUCCUGUCGCAGUUGCGCAUUGGCAUGGACCUCACCAGGGUGACGCUACCCACGUUCAUCUUGGAACGGCGCUCCCUUCUGGAGAUGUACGCCGACUUCUUUGCACACCCAAACCUUUUUGUCAACAUUGUAGAUCAUGCCGACCCUAAAGAUCGGAUGGUGGAAGUGGUGAGGUGGUACCUGUCCGCGUUCCAUGCUGGUCGCAAAAGUGCCGUGGCUAAAAAGCCCUAUAACCCCAUUCUGGGCGAGAUUUUCCGAUGCUACUGGAAGACCGGUAGCCCCGGUGGGAAACCUGUAACAGAUGGCCCCGUUCCUUGGGCCUGCAACGACGACCUCACGUUUAUUGCGGAACAAGUUUCUCAUCAUCCACCUGUGUCUGCGUUCUAUGCGGAAAAUGUUACGAAGGGCAUAGCCUGCUGUGCUCACAUUUGGACAAAGUCCAAGUUCCUGGGCAUGUCCAUUGGAGUGCACAACAUUGGCCAAGGGUGCGUUAUGUUCCUCAAGCACGGAGAAGAGUACCUCGUCAACUUUCCCAGUGGAUAUGGCAGGUCAAUAUUCACAGUCCCUUGGAUUGAGCUUGGCGGCAACGUCGACAUCACGUGUAACAAGACGGGUUACAGUGCUGCAAUCCAGUUCCAUACGAAGCCCAUCAUAGGCGGGAAGCGUCACCAGAUAACGGCGGACAUAUUCCUUCCGAACACCAAGCAGUCGUUUGUCACUAUCACCGGGGAGUGGAACGGAGUGAUGACGGCCAAAUAUCCGAGCGGACAGGAAGAGCCCUUUGUGGACACCACGACCCUUCCCAUUGUGAAGAAAAUCGUGAAAUCCAUCACGGAACAGGAGGAAUACGAGUCACGCAGGUUAUGGAAGGAUGUGACUCUGGCCCUGAAGAACAAAGAUGUGAAUGUGGCAACAGACGCCAAGGCCCAGUUGGAAGAGAAGCAGCGAGCCGAAGCCAAGGAAAGGAAGGACACCAAUGGAACGUGGACGCCAAGGGUGUUCAAGGAAGUGGGCGAACAUUGGGUGUACACGAACUCUCUGCAAAAGCGGUUGGCACGGCAACAUAGAAGAUAGCAUCACGCCUCAGCUCGCCUGACUCUGAGUGGAAAUGUUGUGAUGCAAGGGUGUGCCGGUGUGGGGGGUGGACAGGUAGAGGGUUGCCCUCAAACUUCUGUGUCUGCGGCGUAGCUAGUACAAAGGAACUGCACCUGUACUGCCGACAUCUUUGGCCCUGUCUGAAAUGAGUCUCACAGCAGAAGGGGCGUACGCCGUCUUCUGCACGUACGGCGCAAGGAACUUGCUGCAAAUAAAUUAAAAGUUGGCGCAGCGCUACCUACAACUCUUUUAUUUAGUUUUUAUCUCUUUUGUAACGCUAUAUGCAGGAAGGAAAGCUUGUAGAUCGCAUCUAGAGGGUAGCCCGGUUUCAGUCGGAUAUGAUAUCGGUGCAAUGUGCAGUACUCUCCCUUUCCACAUCGAACAUAAUCUGUGAAAGGAUGUUUUGUUUUGUUUUGUAAGGACCUAGUUAGACUUUCUGUAGAAAAAUGUGUGAUUUGGGUUACAUAUUAGGUGCGGCUGAGUGCAUGCUCUUAGAGGAGCAAUAUUCUUUUAUUGGUGCUCUGCGAAGUCGUAAUUUCAGUGUAGGAGUACUUAACCAUUUAACACAUUUAACAAUUGGCGAUAAGCGUUAAAGGCAAAAACUACAGGUUUUCCCGGUGAUUUUAGUCCAAGCGCCAUCGAAAUUAAUCCACACGCCAUGCAAACUUUAUGGGACAUGGAUUAAUUUAGCUGUAACUUGCAUUAAAAUCGCCGGGAAAACCUGUAGAAAUGGCAACUAGUUGGUCUGGUGCCUGUCGGUACUGAAGCAUAUUUGAUCCGCUGAAAACAUGCUUGCGCUUGCAUCAUGCUCUGCAGCCCAGUUCUCUUGCUUUUCUUAUCAUCGGGUUCGUAACUUCAUUUCUGGCUGGUUGUGGUUAUUUAAAUUUCAGUCAGAUUUGUAUGAAAUUUUAUAUAAUGCUGCAUUUGUAUGAGGUGUCUACAGUGUGUACGGUAUGUUAUGGCUACAUUGUAGUAAAGUGCUUCUUGUAGUUUUUUUUUUUUUUUUUGUCAUGGUUAACAGCGUUGGACAUGUCUAUGGUUAACCAGUUCUGAGUAUUUAAUAAGUUGAUUUUGAUACGUUUCGGUUGAGCAUGAAAUAUUGUGUUUAACCACGCAGCCGUCGCUGUCAAGGGCUUAUACUGAAAUGAAAAAUUUCGCACCAGACCGCAUCGUCACUUUCAUCCACUCCUGAUUAAUGCAUUGUUUGAUGACAAUAGGUCGAAUACAUUUUGUGUUUGAUAAAUGCUCAGGGAAGUGCCCUCAAAGUCAUUCUCUACUGUUGUUCAGUCAUGUGCAGGCAGAAAAGACAAUGCAACAAGGUCUGCUGAUUGUCCAUUUUGCUGCGUUAAUUACGAAUCGCUUGCAUUCCAUUUGCGUUUUUUUGUUUACAGAGCUCAGUGCAGAAUGUAUGCUCGUUUAUAUGUGCAUUUUAUACGGUUUGCAACAAGCUAUCCUAUUUUGGUAGCCCUAGCUGGACAGAGAGACGACUAUUUUCUACAUUUUCUAUAUAGCUCUACCGUUUGUUUAAUGAUUUCUUUACUACCUGUUACAUGAAAGAAAGAGGUGAGUAAAGGUGAAUUGUGCUUUCAUCCAGCUUUUGAUUUUGCUAAACACACUAUCAACCUUCCCGAACCGUACUCUCCGGAUCCCUUAACGAGCUCGACUCUCCUCCUCCCCCCAUCUCCCUCUCUCACAAAAUUGCUUGGUCCCUGGCCACAUCCAGUCCACCAAUGCUCUGCCCUCAAAGCUCUCUCUCCCUUUCUGGAUACCACAGGGCUUCGAUUCAUAUUGUGAAGGGGCUGACUAUUUAAUUCCCCGCAUCACCCCCAGCAAUGGGGUAGAGUAUCGGCCCCGGCGAUGAAACUCCCCAUCCAGCAUCUCGAAAACAUUCUCGUUUAUAAAGUCCAAAUGAGCAAAUCUGCAUAAUGCAAGUAGCAACAAAUUUGACCAUUAUGCAAUUUCUAGGUAAUAAUUGUGCAUGCAGUUACCUAGUGUUGUGUGAUAUACUGACAUCUAUAGCAUAUCAUCUAGCAAUUUAGGAGAGUAUUUUGUAAUUGCCAAUGUGAUGGUUUUAAGUUGUGGAGGUGCCGGUUGCUUUGUCAGUUUCUGUAUUACCUUUGAAUAACUAGUCAGGGUUUCUGUGACCUGAUGUACAGAAGGGUCCUUGUUAUAAUUAAAGCAGUUUGACUCGUUCA